AUUCCCAACAGUAAGCUGAAGUAGGUUAUUCAUUAGAACUACAUUGAUGAUUUUGGUUUUCAGGUCCUAAAAUCUGAAGAAAAGAGGAAAGUAUUGCUGGCAGUGGCUGAUGCAUUGGAGAAAAAACAAAAUAUGAUAAGGCUUGAGAAUGGGGCUGAUGUUGCUGUGGCAACAAGAUAUUACAAGUCUGUGAUAUCACGUUUAAGUUUAACCCUCCGACCUGUUUCAAGACCCAUCCCUCAGAUGGUUUAUCUUUGCUUAAAUGGUUUCCUGCUCUGCAUUGAUCAAAUUAUGAGACUUAGAUGCAGCAUGCAGCCGCCUCAAUCCAUCGGCACAUCCGCCCCACUUAGCCGCAUUGUUCAUCUUGAAAGGGAGCAACAAGUGUUGCAUGUCAAGCCCAAGGCUUUUCCUAUCUCCAAAUCAAAUAAUUACAAUAGUUUUGGCAUUCUCUAAAUUUCAACUAUCUUGCAACGAUCUCGACGACUCAAGUAUUCAAACUACAUGAAGAAAACAAAACAGAAUGUCAUUGAUACAAAUGUUGUAACUACAUUUCCUACCACAAUAUUGUGUAUUUUUUUUUUUGUUCAAUUUGAAAUGGGAGAACAUUUUAGGCAGAAAACUAAUAUUUGACUUUUUAAUGUGAAGCCUUAAUUUUUUUGUUCCAUUAUAAAUGGCAAAAUUUCGUUUGCAACACAA